GGACUUGCAAGCGUUUCUGGUUUACAUGAAUAACAUUGUCUUCAAUUGUUCAUAAACAGUCAUGGUGAUUCUUCAAGUGUUAUGCGCAUGCGCCUUUCUGGUCAACGUAGAUGCUGGGACAUGGUCAGCAUGGAGUGCAAAUUGGGGCGAUUGUCCAGUGACUUGUGGUACAGGGAAACAGACUAAAACAAGGACCUGUGACGUGGAACCUUGCGAUGGAAGUGACACCAAAGAAAGAAAUUGUAUGAAUGUCGAUUGCCCAUUGGAAAUAGAUUAUGAUUACAUGGGAUGCUGGAAAACCUCAGGGUCAGUUGUUACAUUGGAGAAUACUGGUAACGCUUACGUGGAUGCCAACGAUCCAGCUAGAGGAUGUGCGAGGGCGGCAUAUUCUGUAGGAAAAGACUAUUUUGCGCUGAAAGACAAUGGGGAAUGCUAUGCAGCAUCAUCACAAGCAGACUAUGAAGCGGGCGGCCCAGGGGGUUCAUGUCGAUAUGGAAAGGGGACUUCGAGUGCAUUUGAUGUUUAUAAGAUUAAUCCAUGGGUGUGUCCAGAUGGUUCUGACUACGCUGGCUUUUGUGAGAUUCCCCGUGUACGGACACCAAUACCUAAAGGAGUUUGCACCACGGCACAUUUUUGUCACGAGGUAGGAGGUACAACAACUCAACCCGUUGCGAUCUGUUGUACAAAAAAUUUCUGUAAAGAUCACUGUGGAGAAAAGAUCAUAGAGCGAGAUUGUUGGUGUGACACGGCGUGUGUUGAUUUUGGAGACUGCUGUGAUGAUUUUAUGGAUGACUGUUCAGGUAAAGACAGAUGCUCGGCAGUCGGUGACCCGCAUUACACAAGUUUUGACAACAAAUACUACCACUACCAAGGAAAGUGUGAAUACAUAAUGUUGUCUAGCAAAUGUCCAUUUGAAUCUAUGCCACUUGAAAUUAUUGUGAAAAAUCGUGAUUGGCCGUGGGUUGGGAGCACCGUAACUACGACCAAGGAAGUCCAUGUGAUGGUUGAUGGCAUAGAUAUACUGAUGAAGCAAGGGAAACAAUUGGCGAUUGACGGCACCAUCACAGCGGCACCUGUCGAUCCUUCUCCUACCAUUAGCGUAACGAUAGCAGGAAUUUAUUUGGUUGUGAGAACUGGCUAUGGUAUCACUGUAUAUUUCGACGGACAAUACAGCCUUCAGGUGGACGCGUCUAAUGCCCUUAAAAGUAAACUAUGCGGUCUCUGUGGUAACUUCAAUGGCAAUAUCAACGAUGACUUUAUGAAGCCUGAUGGAACCCAGGCACCUAAUGUUGUUGCCUUUGGAGACAGCUGGAUAGCACCUAACCCAGAUUGUAACCCGGCUCUGAGAUCAGUGGACGAAGUGAUGCCACGUCAGACAAACGACGAGGCUGUCGACCUUUGCAACGAGUUAUUUAACACAGGAAAUAUUCCUCAGUGUCACACAGUUGUUGACAAAACUAAUCACCAAGUAUCCUGCGAGAUGGACAUCGGUUUCUCCCUACCUGAUACAACCGAGGGAUGUGCUAUAAUUGCCGACUAUGUGAAAUUGUGUAUCCUCGAAGGCGUAGACAUCGGAGACUGGCGAUCAGGCACCCAAUGCGAAAUCGACUGUCCAAUAGAUGGUAUGAGCUAUACUCCCUGUGGUCCACUUUGCCCAGCGACAUGCUUAGAUCCCCAUCCGUUAGGUUCAUGUACUGAACAGUGUAUUGAGGGGUGUUUUUGUGCAGCCGGAUUUGUCUUGGAUGAAGGUGGCGUAUGCAUCGAAGAAUCUGAGUGUGGUUGCUACUAUUUGAACACGCUUUACAGGCUUCAUGAAGAAAUGCCCAACGAAAAGUCUUGUUGUUGCAACGUUACAGACAAGAUUUGUGUUGGUCCACGAUAUUUUGAGGUAAACACGGAGAAGGUAGAUUGGUUGACGGCAAAAGACACAUGCGAAAACAGAGGUGGAAUGCUGGCCAAGAUAGACACAAAAUCAGUUGAUACACAAAUCAGGAGAUAUAUAUCUGAAUAUGAAUUUGAUCUUAGCGUCGCUAAUGGUUUCUGGUUUGGUUUAAAUGAUAUUGACAAUGAAGGAACAUUUGUCUGGACCGACGGAACGGCUCUGGUUGAUGGUGACUUCACCAGAUGGGCGAGACGACAGCCAAACAAUAAUGUAGCCAAAAAUCCAUUAGGUCAAGAUUGUGUGCAGUUAUGGAAAAAGAAAGCAUUUAAAUGGGACGAUAAUAAUUGUAAUGAAGCUGCUGGAUUUGUAUGCGAAUACAGUUUCGCCACAGCGUGUCCAUAAUCACUCGUUGUAAUUCAAUAUAUGAGAUGUCAAAUGCACCGAUAACAAAAUAUAAAUGUUAUCGCAUUAUUGCUAGUAUAUCGCCGCAAAUGCAUUUAUCGAAUUAUAGUAAUACAUGCUUGCUUCACGUAAAUAUCAUUCAUAUAAUAAACUAACAUUCGUGUAAUAGCUUGAUCUACAAGCUAUGUUCUGUAUUAUAUAUGCAUGUGUAUUAAAUUAAAUAAUAUCAUCCAAUA